AGGCUGCAGGUCACUCGCCGGAAGCACCUUCGUGACUGCCAUAUAGCCCCCAAAAACCCUAGAUGCCUACAGGGGUAAUUCUGUAUUCAACCUGCGAACGCACCACGCAAAGAGUGAAUCACGCCCACGAAAGUGUGGAGAAUAAAAGUCCAACGUCCGGUCUCUGCAUUCAACAGACCAUAAUAUCGGCCGCCGGUUUGGUUGAUAUUCCCAGAAACACCCAGGCUUCGGAUCGAUGCAGGAAGAUCGAAAGAGCAUGCCAGUAAGAAGUCUACCUACUGUGAUAUGGGUCAGAUCAACGAACUCGCCACAGGAUCCUUCAAGUUCUGAUAUGCUUUCUAUACGUCUGCGAGAUGAAGCAAGCAACGAAACUACUUCCUAUAAGCGUUCUCACCACAGGCACACUGCAGCAAUGUCCACAAUCCUAGUAACAAUGAAUGACCUAGGCCCAGGGGGCGCUCCGAAUCCCUCGAAGAGGGAAAGUCUCCCAAGAGAACAUACUUCUGGCCAACGAUGACCCGGAAGUCACAGACGCACCCUUGCGUCCAUCCUCGUUCCCGCUCAAGCGUCGACUUGAUCUUGCGACCAGGGACCCCCGGCAACAAACUCUCUUUAAUUCC